UUGGACGCUUUGAUACGGACCCGAUGGCGCUGUCCCGCAGUGUGUGCAGUGAAAAACAUCAUAGAUGUUUGAUGCGCUAAGUAAUCAGUUUAAAUUCAAUAAUUAUAUUUCCGUGGUGUUUGAAAUCUUCAGCUUAUCAUACAAACAUUUGUGGUUUGUCCUGGCUUGUGUCAAACGUGUUUCUAAGACUUCUCUCAACGUGUGAACGCAGCGUCAGCAUUGGCUACCUAUCAAAAAAGACUGCUCUGAGCCCGCUGCAGCUAUUAAUCCGCUUAUAAGCUCAUCAAGUACGAUUUCUUCCAUUUUGAUUUGAAAACGAAAAUGAGCUUCUUUGGAUUUGGCCAAAGUGCUGAGAUCGACAUAGUUCUCGAUGGAGCAGAAACCAGGAAAAUGGCAGAACUCAAGUCUGAAGAGGGAAAGAGGGAGAGGUAUUACCUCUUCUUUGAUGGUGAAACCAUAAGCGGCAAGGUCAUCAUUACUCUGAAGAAGGCUGGCUCUAAACUGGAGCACUUUGGUAUAAAGGUGGAGUUCGUUGGUCAGAUAGAGCUGCAGUAUGACCGCGGAGGCCAGCACGAGUUCCUCUCACUGGUGAAGGAGCUGGCGCGGCCGGGAGAGCUGCAGCAGAACGUCAGCUACCCGUUCGAGUUCAGCCAGGUCGAAAAGCCGUACGAGAGCUACUCGGGCUCGAACGUUCGGCUCAGGUACUUUCUGCGCGUGACGAUCGUGCGUCGCCUGUCCGACUUGGUUCGUGAGAUGGACAUAGCAGUUCACACGCUCUCCCAGUACCCGGACAUGAACACCAGCAUCAAAAUGGAGGUCGGCAUCGAGGACUGCCUGCACAUCGAGUUCGAAUACAAUAAGUCCAAGUAUCACCUGAAGGAUGUCAUUGUUGGCAAGAUCUACUUUCUGCUGGUGCGGAUAAAAAUCAAACACAUGGAAAUUGCCAUCAUUAAGCGUGAAACCACGGGCGCAGGUCCCAGCACCUACAACGAAAACGAGACGAUCGCCAAGUACGAGAUCAUGGACGGCGCGCCGGUGCGGGGCGAGAGCAUUCCGAUCCGCGUGUUCCUGGCCGGCUACGACCUCACGCCCACGAUGCGCGACAUCAACAAGAAGUUUUCGGUGCGCUACUACCUGAACCUGGUACUGGUGGACGUGGAGGAUCGGAGGUACUUCAAACAACAGGAGAUCACCCUGUGGCGCCAGGGAGAGCGGGCGCGGCGUCCGGCGAAGCUGACCGACCACCAGCCGGCCCAAGAGCCGCCGACACCGGUCACCAUCUGCAACAUUCACCAGCAGCUGAUCGACGGCAACAUCCAGCAGCGGCCCAGCACCCUCCACACGGGAGCCGACACACCAUCGGACGCCGGUGACCCGGAGGGCGUAGCCCGACGGCCGGGCGGCGAGCCAGUGGGAGACACGGACCUCACUUCGCCGACCGACUCCAUGGCAGGAGACGGUGCCGACAGCAACGGUCACAGCGCCACGGUCUCCGAGACCAGCGACGCCCAGUAGAGGUCGCGCACGGAGGUUUGGGGGAGAUCAAGAGGUCCUCACCCGACGGAACCACUCAGAUGGCCAGGUAGUGAGUCAUCACGCGCUGCCGCUGGGGGGGGGGGGCGGUCCUUGCCAUCGAAAGAGGGAUAGAUGAUUGUCGCGGUGGCACGUGGUUCACGCUGAGCCACUCCUCUGGUGGUCACUGACCCACUACCGACCACUACGCCGGCCUAACGGUACCUCUGGUGUCCAUUCCGGUUUGUCGUAGUUCAGCUGCUGGUUAGAUUCCUGUAGUGAUCGUAUCCCCGAACACAAAUGCAUAUUUUGGGUGUCAGGUAUCGUAAGGGCAGACACGAGUUGUCGGUGUUCCAUGUUUGUCCGGGCUUGACUCCAGCAUCGCCGCAUGCCUUUGGAGUCCCCGUAGAUCCGAUGGAGGCUGGACAUGGACCGACUUUUCCUUUCCCUGAAGGAAUCACUGGCCAGUUGGGCGAAUGUGAUACGUUGCGAUGAGGUGAAUGACACGCACAAGACACGCAUUGGCAUUAUUUGAUUGUAGGGUUGUGUUGCACGCUUUUGCGCUUUUGCUUCUCAUGUGUACUACUUUUGGCAAGCAGGCAACUGUUAUUGGAGCAUUGGCGGCUUGGCGUGCUUAGGUAGAUAAUCGGAUUGAAAAUUGUUUUCUUUCAUUAGGCCGCAUUCUUGCACACUUUCAUAUCGGACACUGCGAACAAAACUCCCCCAGUGCAAUAAUUAUACAAUUUAGGUCAAGGUCGCUUUGCUUGAUACGUUCUAUAGAGUUUACUUUAGCUAUCCUUGAAUAUCCUCUAAACUGUUUCCCUCUACUUAGUUGCUCGAAUAGCUGAUAAUACACUCGCGUAUAGUAGCAGUGUAGCGUAUUAUUUUUAUAUGCGUAUUGAGUUAUUUCUUUUUGCUUAGCGUUUAUGCAUAGGUAGCGGGGAAGAAGCUAGCGUCAAGUUUAGGCAGUUCUGACUCGGAGUGGGUCAUCAGCUGGUUCAUGUUUGUUACCAACAACGUAGGUACCUGUGUCUUACGUUGUUGGUAACCCUAUUCUCGCUUGUCUCAACCUUAUCGAACCGUGUUAAAUCAAGAAACACUUUGACGCUGGGGUUUGUGCAUUGCAAGGCAUGUAUUUCAAUGGUAAUUUCUUGUUUCAAUCAAUUGGUUAUCUCCCACUUAGAUGUCCAUCUCUGGUUUCAAUUCGAUGCUCACGUUCAUUACAGUAUCUGCAGCGUUCAAUCAGUACGGAUGUUGUCUGGUGCAAGGAAGGGUGCGCGGAUGUUGCUUUAUAUCCUCUCCUCCAGCCGCAUCUCACUGCGAUGUCACGACUUUUGUGAACCUAGUCCAACAACUGUGAUGCGACUUACCGCUGACAGAUAUGUUCCACGUGUGCGUUUAUGAACGCGUGCCAUCCGAGUCUCGAGCGUGCAGCGUCGUGUUUCAUGUCCGCGCGGCCUGUGUCCUUGCUGGUUGCCGAUCUGUUGCUGUGUAUUUUUAUAUUCUGAAUCUCUCGGGCAAUAUAUGUAUUGGAUCUGUGUAUGUCAGGGUAAGGCGGUGGCGUUCGAUUCCGCCCAGAUCUGGGUACCCGACAGUACCUCACGUCGCUGCGCGAUAACGAAUGACAUGAGUGGCCUUCUCUGUGUAGUGGGCACAUUAGCUGUAUCAUGAGUAUGUGCGUGCGUGUUCCAUAAAUGUGGAAUGAGACAUUGUGUAGGGAUGCAUUCUCUCACCGGGCAUCGCCGUUGGCAACGACGCCAAUCGAAUCCACGUGCUUGUACUCCUUAUACAUUUCGGAAUGGACAGCUGUGGUGUAUGUAUGUCAGCAUGGGGCGCUUUCAAUAUAAUGAUGUUUCAGC